AUGCUUUCACCGGAACAGUUCGCUCAACUUCUGGAGAAGAUGCCCUCUGCGUCACAACCUAGGGGCUCUUUCAUUAACUGCCAAUAUAGUUACGAUGGCACCAAGGAUCCUGAGGUUGUGGAGGCUUUCCUGUCCGCUGUGAAUAUUUUUAAGCGGUCAGCUGACAUCGGGGACCAGACAGCGCUCAGCGAGUUACCCAUUUUGCUGAAAGGUGAAGCUGGAGUUUGGUGGCUAGGCGUGAAAAGCAACGUGACAUCAUGGUCAGACUUCGAAGUACGUCUUCGAGAAAACUUCGCUCCUGUACGCGAGCCCUACAUGUUAUACCUUGACAUAAUGCAGAAGCAGCUGCCAAAUCAGACAACUGAGGAGUUUAUAAGGAACAAGCGACUACUGUUUUCGCAACUUCCGAGCCCUGGACAUUCUGAAACUGUGCAGCUAGACAUAUUGUGUAUGGCCUACUACGUCUGGACAUCAGAGAUAAAGUUCCACGAUCCGAUGUGA